GGAGAGAAAAAAAAGACGACCCAAAUUCCUUUCAGCAGCCACCACCUGGCAUUAUACGUUUCGCCACAUGUUAUUUUCUCAGUGAACAUCACUUUGCUGACAUUGCAUCCACUAGCUUUCUUGUCCCUCUUCUUCUCCUUAAAUAGAGCUCUCAGCAACUCACCCCCGCUCGUGAGCCUUCUCCAUCUCUUUAACUCUGUUUUAGUUUGUUGUCUGAAUUUUUAUUUAAGAAAAAGAAGUAAUAAAAUAAUGUCUGGUUUUGACCGUGUUGAUAAUCAAAUGAAGGGUACAAAUUUAUCAGCUCCUCAAGAUCCUCUCUCAUUAUCAUCAUCAUCAUCAUCAUCUCCUUGUUUACCAAUCACCCUCAAGUUUCUUGAUGUAUGUUACCGAGUGAAGAUCCAUGGCAAAACCGGGGACUCUAGUAAGAUCAAGAGAUUGUUGGGACUAGAACACAAACCGUCCGAUGAGACUCAAUCAACGGAGGAGAGGACGAUACUUAACGGAGUCACCGGAAUGGUGUCACCAGGCGAGUUUAUGGCCAUUCUUGGACCAUCGGGAAGUGGUAAAUCUACACUUCUAAACGCGGUCGCAGGGAGACUCCAUGGACCUUAUCUCACAGGAAAAAUACUCUUCAACGACGCAAAACCAACAAAACAUACGCUAAAACGUACUGGAUUCGUAGCGCAGGACGAUCUCCUCUACCCACACUUAACAGUACGUGAAACCCUAGUUUUUGUCGCCUUGCUACGUCUCCCUAGGAGUUUAACAAGAGCCGACAAGAUCAAAGCUGCUGAAUCAGUUAUGUCCGAGCUAGGGCUAGAGAAAUGCGAGAACACGGUGGUUGGUAACACUUUCAUUAGAGGGAUCUCUGGUGGUGAGAGGAAACGUGUGAGCAUAGCUCAUGAGUUACUUAUCAACCCGAGCCUUCUUGUUCUAGACGAGCCAACGUCUGGACUCGAUGCUACAGCGGCUCUAAGGCUUGUUCAGACACUCGCUGGGAUGGCUCAUGGUAGAGGGAAGGCGGUGGUGACUUCUAUUCACCAGCCUUCGAGCCGUGUGUUUCAGAUGUUUGAUACUGUUCUUCUUUUGAGCGAAGGAAAGUGUUUGUUUUAUGGGAAAGGAAGAGACGCCAUGGCUUACUUUGAGUCCGUUGGAUACGAGCCGGCGUUUCCGAUGAAUCCGGCUGACUUUCUUCUCGAUCUUGCUAACGGAGUUCAUCAGAUUAACGGCGCAACUGAACGAGAAAAGCCAAACGUGAAACAAACGCUGGCUGUUGCUUACAAUACAUUGCUAGCUCCAAACGUCAAAACCUGCAUCGAUGCGUCACCUUCUCUUGGAGAAAACGUGCGUUUUUACAAAACGCGAGAGAACGCACCUAGAAUAACGUCAUGUAUCACAACAUGGUUCAGCCAACUCUGUAUUCUCCUCCACAGACUUCUAAAGGAACGACGCCACGAAUCCUUCGAUGCACUUCGCGUUUUCCAAGUCAUCUCGGCUUCACUACUCGCUGAUCUCAUGUGGUGGCAUUCCGAUUAUCGAGACGUACACGACCGACUAGGACUACUCUUCUUUAUAUCCAUUUUCUGGGGGGUAAUUCCGUCAUUUAACGCAGUCUUCACAUUUCCGCAAGAACGAGCCAUCUUCACUCGAGAACGCUCCUCCGGUAUGUAUACACUCUCAUCUUACUUCAUGGCUCACGUCAUCGGAUCGCUCUCCAUGGAACUCGUUCUCCCGACAACUUUCUUGACACUAACUUACUGGAUGGUCGGUCUACGUCCAGGGCUAGUCCCUUUCUUCCUCACCCUUUCCGUGCUAUUGCUAUACAUUUUAGCUUCCCAAGGACUUGGACUUGCUCUAGGUGCAGCCAUCAUGGACGCAAAGAAAGCUUCCACGAUCGUGACGGUGACAAUGCUAGCGUUUGUUUUAACCGGUGGUUACUACGUGAACAAAGUGCCAUAUGGAAUGGUGUGGAUGAAAUACAUUUCGACGACGUUUUAUUGUUACCGUUUAUUAAUUGCAAUACAGUAUGGUAAUGGUGACGAUAUAUUGAGAAUGUUUGGAUGCAAGGGAACAUCUAUGACUGCUGGGUGCCGGUUUAUGGAAGAGGAAGUGGUCGGAGACAUUGGGAUGUGGACGAGCGUUUGUGUUUUGUUUUUCAUGUUUGUUGGGUAUAGAGUAUUGGCUUACAUGGCUUUGAGGCGUAUUAAACUUUGA